AUGGCCGUCAAACGCGUCGCAGUGAUCGGACUCGGUCCAUCUGGAGCUAUUUCUAUCGACGCGCUUGCGCAGGAACAGGCAUUUGACGUCAUUCGCGUUUUUGAGCGGAGAGAAGCGCCGGGUGGCUGCUGGCUCGAAGACAAAACACCACCGCCGAGCCUUCUGCCCGAGGACCUUGAAGCACUCGGGACGCGUACCGGCGAUCCCCCACUACCAUCGCCUGCAAAACUCCCUGCACGACAGCCAAAGCUCGCUCAAGCACGCCAUGCAGAAACCUCCGUUUACCCGUACCUGGAGACAAAUGUCGACAGCAUUGCGAUGUCAUUCUCACAAGAAACAAUCCCCGAACAGCGAAGUCAACUCUCGAUCUCGAAGCACGGCGACGAUACACCCUUCCGAAGUCAUGCAGUAAUCCGUGGCUACGUUGAAUCUCUUGUAAACCGCAACGGUUACGACAAGUUGAUAUCAUACAACACCAGCGUUGAACUGGCAGAGAAAGUAGGCAAUGAGUGGAGACUGGUGUUACGGAAAGACAGCGACGUCAGGGAUGAAGACGAGUGGUGGGAAGAAUGGUUCGACGCUGUGGUUGUGGCCAGUGGGCACUUCAACAUCCCAUAUAUACCUAAGACUGAGGGACUGGAUGCGUUUGAACGGGCACAGCCAGGGAGCGUAAAGCACAGCAAAAUGUUCCGGGGGCGCGAUGCCUACAGAGGGAAGAGAGUCAUUAUAGUAGGUGCGUCUGUUUCAGGGGCAGACAUCGCAUACGAUCUCGUUGGCACAGCAAAGGGGCCCGUUUACGCAGUCAUCAUCGGUCACAAAGCAAACAGCUACUUUGGCGACGAAGCUUUCAAGCAUCCUGGCAUUGCUCAGAAGCCUUCGAUAUCAAACAUUGACACUUCGAAUGGUCGGAGAACUGUACACUUCACCGAUGGAUCGUUUGUCGAGGAUGUUGACGAAAUCGUCUUUGGUACAGGAUACUCGUGGUCCCUACCGUUCCUGCCUGACGUCAAAGUCCGCAACAACCGCGUCCCGGGCCUCUACCAGCACGUCGUGUACCAAAAUGACCCAACACUGCUCUUCGUUGGAGCUGUCGGCGCGGGUCUCACAUUCAAAAUCUUCGAGUGGCAAGCUGUCCUCGCUGCGCGCUUACUUGCCGCACGCGCCUCUUUACCACCGCUUGAAGAGCAACAGAAGUGGGAACGCGAGAGGAUCGCGAAGAAAGGUGAUGGUCCAGCAUUUACACUUGUGUUUCCGGACUUUGAAGAAUACUUUGAGACAGUAAGGAAGCUGGCUGGAGAACCAGCGGCUGGUCAGCCAGGAAGGAGACUGCCGCAGUAUAAUAAGAGUUGGUUUGAGGUGUUCAUGGCAGGGCACGAGAGGAGGAAGAAGUGGUGGAAGGGGGAGAAUGAGAAGGCGAGGCAGGAGUCGCUGAUUGAGGUGUCGCCUCGUGCAAGACUCUGA